AUGGAACCUACGACCAUGCUACUGUCGCCCGUCCGCGACCUGGCGGCCACCGAUGAGGCUGAUGGCGGUGGCAGCCAGCAGCUACAACAGAAACCGCCGACACUCCGUGGUCACCCUCAGUCACCGCCACCGGCGCCCAUGGCAACGUCGCUGGUCGCGUCACAGCAGGAACCGCUGGUGCCGUCGUCGCCGCCACCAGUCGACGCAUCAGCCUGUCAGGGACUCAGUCUGCAUCUGCCGGCCACUACCUCUACGGCGAUACAACUAGCCACCACCGCUACUCCCAUCGAGCGGCUUUCGCGACCGAUGGCGUUCGACAAGAUGGAGUCGUUGGUGCGCGAGACGCAGGACCAGGACACGGGAGUGCCGGUGCGGAGUCAGAAGUUGUUUCUUACCUCCAUCCCGUCCGCGUUCAUGGGUUACGACCUCAUCGAGUGGCUGAUGGAGCGGCUGAGCAUCGAGGAGUCGGAGGCGCUCAACAUUAGCAACCAGCUGUGCCAGCACGGCUACUUCUUCCCGGUGUCCGACUCCAAGACACUGCUGGUGAAGGACGACUCGUCGCUGUACCGCUUCCAGACGCCCUACUACUGGCCGUGGCAGCAGAAGGCACCGGACCAGAUCGAGUACGCGAUCUACCUGGCGAAGCGGUCGCUGCGCAACAAGCAGCGCCACGGGCUGGAGGACUACGAGACCGACGCGCUCGCCAGCCUGCACAAGAACCUGAAGGGCAAGUGGGACUUCAUCAUGAUGCAGGCGGAGGAGCAGGUGCGACUGGCGAAGGAGCGUAAGAAGGGUGACAAGAUCGUGGGCGACUCGCAGGAGCGUGCGUACUGGCGGGUGCACCGGCCACCGCCCGGCCAGUUCACGCCGCUCGAGCCGUGCCCGAUCCCGUCGCGCGACCGGCAGGGCAAACCAAGGCGGCGCACCGUCGACGACUGGCAGCGCGAGCUCGACAUCCUGCGGGCGUCGCUCGGCCGGAACCGGGUAAAGAUGUCGCAGGCGUGCGAAAGCCUGGUCGCGUACUACGAGACGUUCGCCGAGUACGACCCAAUGAUGCAGCCGCCGCUGCCGUCGAACCCGUGGGUGACGGAGGACGUCAGCUUCUGGCAGCUGAACGGUCCGGUGGUCGAGGUGCCAACCGAGAAGCGCGUCAAGCGCUGGGGCAUCUCGAUCGAGGAGAUCGUGUCCGACCCGACGGGUCUGCAGGAGUUCACGCACUACCUAAAGAAGGAGUACUCGCACGAGAACAUCCGCUUCUGGAUGGCGGUGAACGACCUGCGCCGCUCGGCACACUCGCAGAUACCGCGCAAGGUCCGAGAGAUCUACGAAAUGUUUCUCGAGCCGGGCGCACCCUGCGAGAUCAACAUCGACGGCAAGACGAUGGAGCGGGUCCAGCAGGGCCUGCGGAGCCCGUCGCGCUUCGCGUUCGACUCGGCCGCCGAGCACAUCUACAUGCUGCUGCUCAAGAAGGACUGCUACCCGCGCUUCGUACGCUCCGAGCACUACAAGACCCUGCUGGCGAACGCGAUCCAGCCGUCGCACAAGAAGCGCUUCUUCGGGUUCGGUGGCGGCGCCAAGAAGAAAGGCUCUACGUCGACCGCGCCGAACGCCUCUACGCUGCUGACACAGCCCUCGUCCGGACCGUCGGGGACGGUGAACAGCCUGUCGAAGCGGCGCGGCAGCGAUCGGAGCCUGUCCGGGUCCGCCCACGAGCUGGCCAUCUCCGGUGUGAAGGACUGUACGAAGGUGCCACACUCCCACAGCCAAAGCAACCUGAGCGAGAUUCCGUACAGGGAGGUCAGCAAGCCACUCGGCACCAUGCUCGAGGCCACCGUGGAGAGCGGUGGUGUGGACGCGUCGGUGGUGUGCCCCUGGGACCUACCGGGUGCUCCAGCCGCAAAGCAGCCAGCAGCGGCGGCGGUGGCGACGUCCGUGUGUCCGUGGGACGAUGCCGAAACCGACGGCCCAGUGCUGCCAGCUGCCAGUCAGGCGGAACCCACCACCACCACCACCAGCACGAGUGCAAGUCAGGUGCCGGCCACGGCCACGCACGCCACGACCGAAAUCAGCGAGAUGUCCGAGCGAAUGAAGCGCUCGUGUGGCCUGCGCCAGAACACCCUCGACAGUGACUUCCACAGCACCAAGCGGUUGACGCCGGUCGUGACGGAGCAACGGCGCGCUUCCAUGACGACGGCUCCGAGACUGUCGGAUCUGCAGUUUUGUCUGCGGGCCAACUCCGCCGGUGAAGGAACCGCAGCCACACCGGACCUGGGAACGCUCCCACAGCAGUCGUCGAGCGCAGCCCCUGCCCGACGACGACAACCGUACCUAACCCACCAAACUUCGGUAUCGCAAGACUCGCCCCGGGCGAUGAGCUUCGAAGAGCGGGAGGACACCACCAUCACCAGCGCCACCAUGCUGGAUGCCUAUGCCGGCCCCAGAACCCCGGAGUGUCCGCAGCAGCCAGACGAGAACCCGCGUACCCAAUCCGCGGCCGGCAGCGGACAAGAGACGAGGAUCACCGGCAACGUUGGUGGCACAGUUAGCAGAGUUAUUACGAAAACGACUACUAUUGCCACUGCAAAUACUGCUACUACUACUACUACCAAUCCCACGACUGGCUCGACUACCUCCAGCCACGCAACAUCGCAGAAAGGUGCCACAGAGGCGACGGGUCACAUUACCAUCCACAACACCACCACCACCACCACCACCAGUAACACCGUCCGGUCAGGUCCUGUCCACGAUACGACGGGUACGCCCCGGAUCAGCGUCAUCUACGUACGGUCUUCGCUCGACGACGACGGAGAGUGCGAGGGUGCUGAUACGCCAGUGGCAGAUACGGUGCUGGAAGCUCCAGCGGUGGAUGAGGAGGAGGAGGAGGUGGAGGAGGUAUGUGCCGCGGUCGCGGCCGUAGCCACGCAGACCACGGAGGCGGCCGUGUGUCCUCCGUGCAUGUCGCCGCUGAACGAGCCGCUGGACCACUUCUUCCCGGAGGUGCUGGUGGCGCACCGGGGCCGAGGCACCAGCGCCGGUGACGGCGACUACGACCUACUACUGCUGGACGGCAGGGGUGAGCUCCCGGGACUGGUCACUGGGCUGGUGCCCGGGUGUGUCGCACCGGCUCCGACGCCCACACCCCUUAUCGCACCGCUCGCCGAGGUAGAGCUGGACGACCAACCGGAGGACGACGACGACGACGACGCCGCCGACGAAGAUGUGCUGGACGACCGGGAUGUGAAGCGGAGCACACCGGAGGAGGAGGAGGAUGAUCCGGACCGCCGAUCGGUGGUGGAACCGGCCAAGACGAUGAAGACCCAGCAGCACCCGACGCCCGCCUGUCACAGCACGGCCACGGUCGUGAUCAUCGAUAACUCCGGGCGGCGCCGGAAGCGCAAGGAGCGUAUGGUGGACCACACCCAGCGGACCCCCGACGACCAUGACACGAUCCAGCAGCAGCGUAGCGAAGACGGCGAGGGAACCCCCGGUGAUCGGAAGGGAACCAACAGCGUCUGCCCGUGGGAUGAUGAGGACGAGGCGGCGGUCGACGAAGCACCGUACGUGAAGACCUACUCCACGCUGGGCUACCUCUAG